AGAUGGCGCUAGUUUGUUGUUAUGAGAAAAUUUGGGUGAUAAAACUUAAAAGAAAGUUUUUAUUAAGUUUAAAACUAUUGUUGCAGUUUUCAAAUUAAGAUAAUGUUUAUUACUUAACUUUCAAAACAUUUUUAGGGUUCUGUUUCAGGUAUCGUGAUAGUCAUAAUGAAAAAUAUGACAUUACCCUCAAGAUUACAGCUUGUUGUUUUGAAAAGAAUUUGGCAAAAAAAUUUUCCCACUCAUUACAAUGGAGCUAUUCACACUGUUCUUUGUUCUUGUUUUAUCCAAAAAAAUGUUACUAUGAUACCAUCCAGGUGUAUGGUAACAACAAAAGGUUUACACCAAGUUCCCAAGAGUGAUAAUACAGAAAAAGAAAAACUGCUAUUGAAAAAGCGAGGGAAAAUCCUUAUGCUCAUUUAACAUUUGGUCAGAAAGUGAAAGAAACAACCAAAGAUGCAAGUUAUUUGGGAGUAAUCAUUGCUGGCGUUGGUGUAACAGGAAUAAUGUUUUAUACAAUAUUUCGGGAACUUUUUUCUGGACAUAGCCCCAAUUCUGUUUAUUCUGAUGCACUGCAGCUGUGUAGAGCUGAUCCUUUAAUUGUCCAGAAGCUGGGAGAGCCAAUCAAGGGUUAUGGUGAAAGAACAUCUCGUGGCAGAAGAAGACAUGUGAGUCAUCUAGAGUAUGAAAAAGAUGGUGUGAAUUACAUGCGAAUGAAGUUCUACAUUGAAGGAAGUCAGAGAAAGGGAACUGUUCACUUAGAAGUAAAAGAAAACAAGCAAGGAAAGUAUGACUAUCGCUACCUACUGGUAGAUAUGGAAGGCUAUCCACCUGAUUCGGUCAUCCUUCAGGACAAUAGAUUAUUCAUGUAAACACCUGCAGAGAAAAUACUAAGAUAUCAAACUAAGAAAUAUGUUUUACCGUGUGACUAAGAUGGUUGAAAAGUUUAAACAAAAUUUCAGUUUAUUCACAGUAAUUCUUAGAACAGCAUGUUCAGUUUGGUAUUUUUUACCACCUCCUUCAAAGUAACAUAGGCUAGCCAUUGUAAUCUUCAGCGAUUGUCAACAGAAUUGUGAAAAAGGUUUGAGUAAUGAGUUAACAUGAAUUGUAUGAGUAACAGGAGAUUCAAAGUGAUCAUUUUUUCUCUUGUCUUUGGACACCAGAGCUAAUGAAGACAAAACAUUGAAUAGAUUAGAAAAAUAAUUUGUCAUUUUCUAAAAUUACUAAGUAAGGUUGAAAAAGAUUAUGCAGUAAUAAAACUGUUUCUUUCGCUUA